GGUUUGCCUGUUAUUAAUGCUUUGUCCCUCUCUUGGCCCAGGUACACUAGAUUCGAUGACCCUUGGAAGGAGACUGCACAUGUUGAGCGUUGUUUAGGUAAAGAAAUUCAACAGUGGUUUGUUAAGAUGUUUCCUCCUGGAGAUGUUGAUAAAUGUAGAGAAAUUUCUGAGAAGCUCACCGGUGUGAAGAUGAUGGAGAUACCCUGGGAGGUGUGUAAUGCUUCUUUUGUUAAGUCAGGUUACACUUGGGCUAGUUUUUCUGAUGUGUUGCACCAGUAUGAGUUUGCUAGGAACCUUGCUAACAGAACUGUUUUCAACAUGGAUCACUUGCAUGAUUACCUUGAAGAUAAAUGUUAUAAUCCUACAUCGAUGGCUUAUAAUGUGACAGCAUGGAUGCACUUGCAAGUGUUUAAACUGAAUAUUGAAAUGAUGUACACUCGAGCAAAGACUAGUCUGGUACCUUUAAAGUAUGAGGAGCUGUUGUGGGACAAUUAUAAAUCAUUUCAGGUGAGGAUGUGGCCUCAGUUGUCCGAUGUAGCUAUUGGAGAUGAGUGGUUUGACAGGGCAAAACAAUUUAGACAAUUUCUGAGUCCAAUUCCUUCAGUACAGGAAAUCAGAGAUCUAGAGUCUAAGGCUCCAUCAGAGGACUGUGCUAAACACAGGUUGACACACCCCAUGGGUCCUGCAUGGCGUCCAGUUGAUAAGAGUAAGAAAGCUAACGAAGCAGAGCUGUCUCUUUGUGUUGCAGAGUUGAAGCAGAAGACUGAAUAUUUUCCUCGGUUGAAGGCGCAAACAGCUCGGCAGAAAUGUAUCACUGCAUUUCUGGAACAGAUAAAAACUAAUGAUCCAUUUGCAGGUUAUGAGUAUUUGAAUUCUGUAUGGCUUAAAUCUAAGGGCACUCCAUGGUAUACUGAUUCGGAACCUCCGUCUGCUAUAGCAGUAGCAUUGGUUUUGGCUUUUUCGGUAGGAGCAAUAUUUACUGACAUGACGGAAAGAGUGGAGGAAUAUGUGGAGGAAGCUUGGGAGGAGUUUGUGGCUGCGUCAGAGGAUUUGGUCAUGGGAGCUGUUAAAUAUGUGUUAUAUGCUUUUGGAGCUCUUUUGGGAGUGGGUGUCCUCUGUCUGUGUGUGUGGAUGUGUGUUCGUUUCUGUUUUUCUUAUGUAUGCAGGUCUGCUUGCAGUAACUUGAACCCUUCCGAGGAGGAGAACCGACUGAGAAAACUGACGACAUGCUUGAAAGAGAAACUUAAGAAGGAUAACAUCCAUGCCCUGUUGUGAGUGGAAGGUGGGAGAGCCUUCGCGUGGGGACUGGGAAUUUUUAGUAUCCAGCAUGUCCGCAAUGAGGCGAAGAGACAAGUGUGACCCGUCAGGGAAGCAUGCGUUACCACUCCACCUUCCGUAGUGACCUCACUUGGUAGACCAGACGUGGCGGUAUUGGACCCCACAUUGGUCUAAAACGGGGGACUGAAGGGUGAGGGUCAAAAUCCCUUGU